AUGUUGCUGUAUGGGCGAAGCAAAGAACUGCGUAAUGUUCUUAUUGGCCUUAUCGAAAAAUUGCCAAAAGAUUCUCCGAUUAUCGCUUCUGUGGAAGAUCCGUUCAAUAACUUAGUACAAGAAGCUGCAGUUUGUGCCGUUAAAGCCGAAACAGGGUCAUAUGGGAAGAGAUGUUGGCUGGAAUCAUUUCGAAAAACACCAUGGGUAAGUGAUGCAACAUAUUAUACGAAGAUGAGUGAUGAAGGCUGUGGAAGCUGGAGGAUGCGCGCAGUUGAGAUGCGAAUGGGGCAGCGGCUUUUUGGCAUAAUAGUUGGUGACAUAAAAGUCUGUGCAGAACAGUGCGUAUCUCUACGCUAA